AUGGACACACCCGGAGCAGAGAAGGCGUUCAUGUUCGACAGACACCCUUGCGGUGCCACUCCCCCCCAUCUUUGGGCGCAACAGCCAGUCAGGCCCGGAAGCCGCAGACCCAACACAACACAGCACAGGAGGCGUGAUGCUGGAUGGCUUGGCUGGCUCGCCCAGCGUGUCGUCGGCCUGCAAGCUGCAAGUUUCAGAACGGCUGGGCAGCACACAUCCGUUCCCCAUUCUUCGUCUGUUGGCGACGUGGACGGGCCGGUCAGUCAGUCGCAGUUGAGCAAAGGCCAUCCGCACGAGGUGCCCAUCCAUCCAAGCCUCGAGAAUAAGCCAUUUUGA